AUGGCGGAGGUUACACAGAAUGCUAGGAGGCAGGACCGUCCCACAACUAAGCUAGGAGAUGAGCAGAAGGUGCUCUAUGUGACGUUCAAAUUAAUUGGGGAAGCUGAGAGAUGGUGGGAAUCGGUGAAGCUGCUUGAGGCACAGAGAUUAAAGCAUAUGGCGAUGACAUGGGACCGUUUCAGAGAGGUGUUCUUUGAGCGGUACUUUCUAGCCACGGUAUGGAAUGCGAAGAUGAAGGAAUUUAUGGUCUUGACUCAAGGGCAACUGAUGGUACAACAAUAUGCUGCCAGAUUCAUGGAGCUGUCUCGCUUUGCUCCGUUUAUGGUACCAGAUGAGGCGAGGAAAUCUUGGAAGUUUGAGAGGGGUCUGAAGAUGGAGAUCCAGAAGCAAAAGAUGAUACUGCAAAUUCAGGACUUUGCUACACUGGUGGAUAAGGCCACCAUGGUAGAGUAG